AGAAAGAAAGAAAGAAAAAAAAAGGGUGAGAUUUACAGCUCACGUCGUACAACUGACACUCCCCAAAACUUCCAAGAAAGCAUCAGAUCCAAUUUUCUCAAUCAUCUCUCGUCAAUUUCCCAAAAAGCAGAUAUAUAGAGAGAGACAGUGAGAGAAAGAGAGUUAGCUCGUGAAGCAGUGAAGAAAAGAGGAAUCGUCAUGGAUGAUCGAGUUCGCUUGAGCCGCAGAAUCCGGUUUCUUCUUCUUGCGUGGCUCCGCCGUACUCGCUCCGGGAGAAUAGAAUUUGUCAGACGAUUCGGGUACAAGGAUAUAAUGAAAGCAACAGAAGGUUUCCGUAAGGUCAUAUACAGCAACUAUCACGGGUCUGCGUACAGGGCCAAAUUCAAAGGUGGUGAGGUAGCUUUGGUCAAAGAACUCAAGUCUCACGAUCUUGGACGAGAGAGGUUUUAUGAGGAAGUGAAACUCUUGGGACGCUUACGCCACCGUCAUCUCCUCACACUUCGUGGGUUUUGCACCGGGCGCAAGAGGCUGCUAGUGUUUGACAACAUUGCAAAUGGAAGCUUGAAAGAACAUCUCAAUGAUCCGCUUAAGACUCCUCUGAACUGGAAGACUCGCAUCCAAAUAGAUGGAGUCGCUGCUGCAUUAGAGUACUUGCUAAUCUUCAGCAGUAAUGAAGCACAGGUGUAUGAUGUUUCAGUGAACUCAUGUAACAUCAUGUUGGAUGAAAACUUCACCCCCAAAAUUUCAGAUAUCCGCGUCAACAGACACACACAAAGCCACCCAAAAACAACCAAUGAUGCUUGCUCGGAAGGAUCAUGUGCGGAUGAGGAAUGUGGUAACGUGAUAUUCCAGCUAGGAGUGUUGAUGUUGGAACUGAUCACAGGACAAUCAUCAGACAGACAAGGCCAAGACUUGAUCGAAUGGGUACAACACUCUUGCAUUGCAAACUCCAUUGACAAGAUGAUUGAUCCAGAUCUUGGUAACAACUAUAACUCUAGAGAGCUACAGAAAGUUCUAGCCGUGGCUCGACUCUGUAUAAAGUCGAGGUACGAGCCACCUUCCUUCUCAAUCACACAUGUAUACCGGUAUCUACAGAAGAAGAUUGAUGUUGCAACAUAGCUAGUUGUUCUUGUUUGGCAAUUAAAACGUGGUUGAAUGGUCGAAAUUGAGAUGACAUGUGGUCCAUUUCAGACGAUUCUAAAUGUAAUGACAGCUAAUAGGGUAGUAGCAUCGUACUAGUCUUGUCUGUCUUCUUGAUAUUAAGCAUCAUUGGGUAAAUGAUUGAUCUUUAUUU